AUGCGGCCGACGACACGGCUCCUCCAGAUUGCCGGGAACGGCGCACACAGGAACAAGAGCAUCAGCUUCAUAGGCCUGGGACGCAUGGGGUCCGAGAUGGCGUACAACCUCUUCUCGCGCAAGCUCGUCGAGAGCCAUGGGGCGGCGCGGUUCGUCGUGUGCGAUGCGCGCGAGGCGACUUCGGCCGCCUUCGCGCACAACUUCGCGCAGCAAUUCCCCGGAGUGCGUGUAGAAAUCGCUACCACCCCUGCAGAAGCGCUGCUUGCUUCGAGCACAGUCGUCACCAUGUUGCCCUCUUCACCUCACGUCCGCAACGUCUACAGCGAGGAGGACGGCAUCAUUCCCGCCCUGCGUUCCUUGCCGCCCGAGGCCGUCCGCUCGACCCUCUGUAUCGACUCCACGACGCUCGACGUCGAAGUCGCGCGCAGCGUCGCCGCCGCCGUGCAGACCACAGGCGCUUCCAUUGUCGACGCCCCCGUAUCGGGCGGCGUCGCCGGAGCCAAGGCGGGCACGCUGAGCUUCCUCGUCGGCGGCCCAGAGGAGGCCUACAGGCGAGCGCACCCCUUCCUCCUGCACAUGGGCCAGCGGAUCAUCUAUUGCGGAGAGUCGGGCGCGGGCCUCGUCGCGAAGAUCUGCAACAACCUCAUCCUCGGGGUGCAGCAGAUCGUGGUCGCCGAGGGGAUGCUGCUCGGCCAGAAGCUGGGCCUGGACCCGAAGGUGCUCGCGAGCGUCGUGAACAGCUCGACGGGCGCGUGCUGGUCGUCGUCCGUGAACAACCCCGUUCCCGGAGCGCUGCCGGACAAGUCUCCUCCCUGCGAGCGCGAUUACGAGGGCGGAUUCGCCACGAGUCUGAUGUUGAAGGACAUGGGCCUUGCGACCGAUCUCGCUGUCUCCACCGGGACCCCACUGCCGCUGGGCAAGAAGGCAGAGAAGAUCUAUGCGGAUGUAGUUAGUGAAGAUCCGGAGCUAUCGAACAAAGACUUCUCGUCGGUGUAUCGAUAUUUGAGAUCCGCAUACCCGAAGUAGCUGUAUCUGCUUCAGAUCGGUAUCCCUGGAUACUGCCGUUGCGAGGACGUCCGCAGUUUCCCCCCCCAUGUACAAGUAUCAGUACGUUUCGGGCGAGGAAGAUUUCCCGAACAAGAGAAAACACUGAAACCACGUACCUAUGUCGCACUCGGGCCGCCGUCCGUCGGGCGUUUGGCAGAGAGAGAGCCCGGGAGUGAUCGCGUCUGCAGCCAGGGGCGUGUGCGAUGAAACAGAAAUCACUGUACAUAAAGAACUGGCGCGGUCGCGCGCACCGUCAUAACUUUUCCCUAGCACUCCCCCUCGCAGCGGUGUCGGCUAGUCGUCGAGUAGCGUCCGCGUGAGGUGAUCUGGGCCAAAGAUCUGGGCUGCCUGUUCGGGAAGGACCACAGCCUGGCAGUCGGUUACGGCGGAAGAGGAGACAGCAGCUACUUAGUGAUAGGCCGGGACGGCCACGGACAAAUUCACAUCAUUCACGCCUCCUCGCUCUAAAUCGCCCUUGAUCAACAGGCCCGUCUUCUUCUUUGCCCGUCCGCCUUGUCCUCCUCUCCGUUAUCCGACUCCUCCUCCCCUACCUUCGCCCCGCUCCUGCUACUGCUCACGAUGUCAAAGAAGCCGAACGC